AUGUCCGGCGAAUGGCAGCAUGGUCUUCUUGGUUGCUUUGACAACUUCACUCUGUGCCUUAUCAGCUGGCUGGUUCCCUGUUACCAGUUCGGAAAGAAUGCGGAAGCAGUUGGAGAGAGCUGUCUGAUAUGCGGCCUGGGAUUCCUGGUCCCUGUCGUAGAUAUUUUCCUUGCCAUCCAUAUUCGUGGAAAAAUCCGAGAGAGCAAAGGAAUUCAGGGAAGCCUAAUUGGGGAUCUUCUCUACUGGUGUUUUUGCCCGCUCUGUUCCCUAGUCCAAGAGGCCCAAGAGGUCGGCGGUGCUCCCCAGGCCAUCUCCAUGGGUCGCGAGUAA